CUUCCUUCUGGGCUCAGUGGAGCUCGGGCGGGCACCGGGGUCGGUUGUCCACGUCAUGUUAGUCCACCGGGGCUACGUUUGUGUUUUUCUUGAGUGAUUUCUAUCUGACAGUGUGCGCUUUUGAUUCUGUUCUGUUGACUCCCCCGAGAUGGGGGCUUUCUACAAUGUUUUGGUCUGCGCGAGUUUUCUGCUGGCGGAGACGACAGUCGCGCAAUACGAAAGGAGCUAUGGACGCUACUAUCCCCAGGAAGUGAACCCCCAGAGCAUCGGUCUCUUUAACCGGUUAAACCCCCCUGCACCACAGUCUCCCAACUAUGAAAUACGCAAUUUCGGAAAAUUCGACCAACGAGGGGACUCGGCAAACUGUAUACCCAAGUGUUUCGCUGAAAAAGGAAACAGGGGAUUUCCAGGAUCACCCGGACUACCUGGACCCCAAGGACAACAGGGUUUCCCUGGUAUGGAAGGACUCCCAGGUCCAGCAGGGUCCAAGGGAGACACAGGUCCUCAGGGUCCCAGAGGCAUCAAGGGUGAUCGGGGAAAGAUUGGUGCUCCAGGAUUUCCUGGAAUAAACGGAAUCCCAGGAAUAGGUGGACCCCCUGGUUUACCGGGAAUCCCAGGUUUGGAUGGGUGUAAUGGCACUGAUGGGCUACCUGGUCUCCCCGGAAGCCAGGGAUUCCCAGGACCUCGAGGGUUGCCUGGCCUGGAUGGUGCUAAGGGUGACAGAGGGCUUCCAGCUUAUGGAGGAAUAUACCCUAAGGGACAGAAAGGAGAGCCGGGAUUCCCAGGACAACAUGGAGGCAGAGGGUUUACAGGCGAUCUUGGACCAAUGGGGCCCCCAGGCUUCAAAGGAGACAUGGGGCAAAAGGGAGAGCAAGGACUGCCCGGUUUGAAGGGAGAAAAAGGAAAAGAAAGGGAAGUGACCUUCGAGUGUGAGAAAGGAGACAAAGGAACCAAGGGACAGCCUGGUCCUCCUGGUGAGCCAGCCUAUUCACCCUCCGAGCAACCAGAGGGUCGAACGGUAGGACCCAUCGGAGAACCUGGCAUGAAGGGAGACAGAGGAGAUGAUGGUCCUCAGGGAUAUAAAGGUGAACCAGGUCCCAUGGGAGACCCAGGACUACCCGGAUCUCUGGGCAUGAAGGGAGAGAAAGGUCUUGUCGGACCUCCAGGCCUCAGAGGACGUGAUGGUUACCCAGGAGGUCCUGGACCAGUGGGUCAAAAGGGAGAUCGUGGUUCAGAUGGGCUGGCAGGACUUCCAGGCAGGAUAGGAUCGAAAGGAGAGCCUGGACGGGAUGGAGUAGCUGGACCGCCAGGAUUGAGAGGACCUGCAGGACCUCCAGGAGGAGGUACUGGUCAGCCAGGUCCCAAGGGAGAGCCAGGACCUAGGGGCUAUCCUGGUCUUCAGGGACCUAAGGGAGUAGAUGGUUAUGAUGGUCCACAAGGAGAGAGAGGACCUCCAGGCCAACCAGGAGGCCCAGGUAUCCCAGGUACGCCUGGACCUGAGGGCUUCCCUGGACCCAAGGGGCAGAAAGGAGAACAAGGCCUUCCAGGAUUUCCUGGAGACAUUGGGCCAAUUGGCUACCAAGGACCUCCUGGACCAGAAGGCCCCAGAGGCUUUACUGGUGAAAAAGGACUUUCCAUAAUGGGUCCAAAAGGUUUAGACGGGUAUCCAGGAACAGAUGGAGAUAAGGGGCAGAAGGGUGAGCCAGGAUAUCCAGGAGCUACAGGAGCUCCUGGAGAUUCUAGAAAUGGAAUUCCUGGCGCUCAAGGUCCUCGUGGAGACAAGGGAGAUAGAGGCUUUGAAGGAUUACCUGGAACUCCAGGCACACCAGGACGUGACGGCGCAAAGGGUGACAUAGGCGGCAGAUGUCUGGAUUGCCUGCCGGGACAGAAAGGUGACAAAGGAGAGGCUGGAAGGGAUGGAUCUGCAGGGAGAGAGGGACUUCAAGGCCCACCAGGAGAGAGAGGUUACCCAGGACUCGUGGGAGAUCCUGGAUUACCAGGUCCACAGGGUACACCUGGUGAACCGGGAGCCCCAGGAAUCCAAGGUCUCCCGGGAGUACAAGGCCAGAGAGGUCAGGAUGCAGAGAUCUCCAGAGACUUUACUAUAACUCAAAAAGGAGAGCAAGGACCGAGGGGCGAUCCGGGACGAGAUGGACCCAAGGGUGACAAGGGUAUAAUGGGUCCUCCUGGUACUUCAGGUAACCCAGGCUUCCCAGGAGAUAGGGGUGAUAAGGGGGAUAGAGGAUUCCCCGGAGUGGAUGGUUCACCGGGACGAGACGGUACACCAGGUUUUGUCGGAGAAAAGGGGACAAGUGUCAAGGGAGAACAGGGAAUAGCAGGAAGACCUGGAGAUAGAGGAGACAAGGGAGAACCUGGAGAACAGGGAGAAAAGGGCACUGCAGGUCACUGCAAUGUACCUGAUAUUGGAACCCUUUACAAGGGGGAGAGAGGACCGCCUGGACGCAAGGGUGAACCAGGACCUGCAGGAUUCAGUGGAGUUCCGGGAGACAAAGGGGACACUGGCGCUCCGGGUUUAAGUGGGCUGACUGGUCCUCCAGGACCACCAGGGAAUGUAGGCGGACGAGGUCUUCCUGGACCUCGUGGUGAUAAAGGAGACAUGGGACCCAUGGGCUUCCCUGGUGAACCUGGACAGUUAGGACCUAGAGGACCUCCAGGAGACUUAGGCCGACGAGGAGACAAGGGAGAACCAGGUAUUCCUGGAGUAGGACCAAGAGGACCUCCUGGAGCACUUGGAUACCCUGGAGAGAAGGGUCUUCCAGGACCUCCUGGCAAAUACGGCAGUCCCGGAGAACCUGGGAUGAAUGGGCUCCCUGGGGAGAAGGGAGAUGCAGGAGUACCUGGACUGGAUGGCCUGACUGGAGCUACAGGACCCAAAGGAGAUGCAGGCGUAGAGGGUCCACCAGGAAGACCAGGAAUAGACGGUAUAUCUGGACAAAAGGGAGAUCCUGGUAUUCCGGGUUUGAUUGGUGAGAGAGGAAGAGCAGGAGUACCCGGAUUCCCAGGAGUAAAGGGAGAGCAAGGAACUCCAGGAGCUGAUGGUCCUAAAGGUUUCCAGGGUCCACGAGGACCUCCAGGUAUACCUGGAUCUCCUGGCAUGGAUGGUAUACCUGGUGCAAAGGGAGAUAAAGGUAACGCAGGAGUUAUGGGAUUCAUAGGACCUGUGGGACCUGAGGGUCCACGGGGUCCUGUUGGUUUGCCAGGACUGACGGGAGAUAAGGGAUUCACCGGACCUCCUGGCCCCAUGGGACCCAUCGGACUCCUGGGCCCCAAGGGUGAACCUGGACCUGUGGGACCUUGGGGACCAAAAGGAGAGCCAGGACAAGCAUCAGAGAAGGGACAGAAGGGUGAGCCAGGAAUGCCAGGACUUCGGGGAGAAGAUGGCCCAACAGGAGCAGAUGGCAGGAUGGGCAUUAAGGGUGAGGCAGGACUGCCUGGGAUCGGUAGACCUGGACUUCCUGGACCAAAGGGAGAUGCAGGAUUGGAUGGAAUACCAGGACGAAAUGGGAUACCGGGAGCUAAAGGAGUAGCCGGACUACCAGGCUAUCCAGGGGAUAAAGGAGAUAGGGGAUUCCCCGGUAUUCCAGGAGCACUUGGGGACCCAGGAUUAGAUGGCAUACCUGGAGCCAAUGGUGAUCCUGGAUUGACAGGUCCUCCAGGAUACCCUGGACUGAAGGGAGACAAAGGGCUACCUGGACAAUCUGGCCUAAAUGGGCCAAAAGGAGACAAAGGAAGCUUAGGUGGACAAGGAGUGAUAGGCUAUCCUGGAGUGAGAGGAGAAAAGGGAGAUAGGGGCCCUGAAGGACCAACAAUAGAAAUAAAGGGCGACAAGGGAGAGCCUGGUGCCCCAGGACUGCAGGGCUUCAGUGGAGCGAAGGGAGAUCAAGGGUUCAUAGGACCACCAGGACAACAAGGUUUCAAGGGCGACAGAGGAUUCCCGGGCCCUAUUGGACCUCAGGGAAGGCCAGGAUUUGAUGGUGUCAAAGGUGAUAAAGGUUUCCCAGGCUUGCCAGGCCCACCUCCGAUAAAGGGUGAGAAGGGUCUGCCGGGUCUUAUUUGCAAACAUGGCAGAAUUGGAGCACCUGGAAUACCUGGACAAAAGGGAGAACCAGGGUUCCCAGGAUUACCUGGAAAGCAAGGUCCUGUGGGUCCUAUAGGAUCAGUUGGAGCACCUGGGGACAAGGGUGACAGAGGCUUCCCUGGCAUUCCUGGCCCACCAGGACAAGAUGGACCCCCGGGAUUCCCUGGAAAGGACGGGUUGCCAGGAUUCCAAGGACCUAAAGGAGAUGCAGGCAGGCCAGCAGCAAUUGGAUCCCCAGGCGAGAAGGGAAACCAAGGGCCACCAGGUCAAAAGGGAGCAUCUGGCUAUGACGGACAGAAAGGAGAUCGGGGCAUGGAUGGGCUGCCUGGGUUCGUAGGACCUCCGGGCAAGAUGGGUGAGCCAGGAUCCCCAGGUCGGGACGGGGCUCCUGGAUCUCCUGGCUUUAACGGCAUCAAGGGUGACAAGGGUGAGCCUGGUUUCAUCCCCCCACCUGGACAGAAGGGAGAUAAGGGCAUGCCCGGCCUUCCAGGAAUCCAAGGUCCACAGGGACCAAUGGGUCGAGAAGGACCCCCAGGAAUAGAUGGAAUGAAGGGUGAUAGGGGACUGCCAGGACCAGCAGGAAUUCCAGGUGCACUUGGGCCACCGGGUGCAAGGGGAGAUCCUGGAUUUGAUGGAAGACCAGGAUUGAUAGGUCAGCCUGGACUCCCAGGAGCCAUUGGGCAGCCUGGACAGCCUUGCUUGGAUGAGGGAGAUUACAUGACAGGGAUAUUGCUGGUGAAACACUCCCAGACUGAGGAAGUGCCAAAGUGUUACCAAGGACACCACAAGCUCUGGGAGGGCUACAGUCUUCUGUACACAGAAGGCAAUGAGAAGGCCCACAACCAGGACUUAGGAUUUGCCGGAUCAUGUAUAAGGCGGUUCUCAACGAUGCCAUUCUUAUUCUGCGAUUUCAACGAUGUGUGCAACUAUGCCAGCAGAAAUGACAAGUCAUAUUGGCUUAGUACGAACUCACCGAUACCCAUGAUGCCUGUCGAAGAGUCCGGAAUUGCACAAUACAUUUCAAGAUGUGUUGUCUGCGAAGCUCCAAGCAAUGUGAUUGCAGUGCACAGUCAAUCAAUCAAUGUGCCAGACUGUCCUAACGGUUGGGAUGGCUUAUGGAUCGGCUACAGCUUUGUUAUGCAUACAGCUGCAGGUGCUGAAGGAGGUGGGCAGUCACUGGCAAGUCCUGGUUCUUGCCUGGAAGACUUCCGUGCGACACCGUUUAUCGAGUGUAAUGGAGCGCGCGGUACCUGCCACUACUUCGCAAACAAGCUGAGUUUCUGGCUGGCCACAAUCGAGGAGAGCGAGCAGUUUGUUACACCACGCAAACAGACGCUCAAGAAGGGCAACUUGCUGCAGAGAAUCAGCAGAUGCCAAGUGUGCAUGAAAAAAACCUAGUCCGGUAGAUUGAUAAGUCCACCAGUAGGCUAAGAGCCAAACACCUGAUCCUUAGGAUCGAUCCGGGUGCUAAAGUCGUCUCCACUGCCAUAUCUGUAUAAUAAACUUAACUAAAUGUAUGUAUUUAAGUUAAUGUUAAUAAUAAAUCAUUGUGAUUGUGUUUUUAUACAAAUAAGUUCGCUUUCUGUAAACGUUUGACGUCACUAGUUAGUAUUUGUGCUGUUAUGAAUCUUGUAAAUAACAAUAAGUUAAUUUCUAUUAUAAUUGUUACACAAUAUUAUUGUUUAUUGACAUGUUAAAUGCCAUAGUUCAGGCAAAUGGCAAUUUAUAGAACCUGAUAACUCAUGUAACAAUGUGUUCUUAAUGUAUAUAGGUAACUUAAGUCACCAUCUACUAAAGUGAUUUCUGAUCGCAAAUAAAUUGCCUUUUUGUAAUUUUACCUACAGGAUGGCGAUUUAUUUGUCAGUCACUGAUGUAUAGGCUGCGUUUCUUGGAUGCUUGUUGAAGAGUGUUGUCUGUGCGUGUGAAUGGUAGAAUGUAAAAAAGAUGUUAUUUACAUUAUAGGUAUAUUAAGUUAAAUAACUUAUUCUUACAAAAUAAAGUGCCUAUAAAAACAAAUUAA